AAAAGACGAAAUGCCAAAACGUUUGAAAAAAUUUCCAAGGGCAUGAUGGAGAGAGGCCACAAUAGGGACUCUGAGCAGUGCCGCGUGAAAGUCAAGGAGCUCAGACAAGCCUAUCAAAAAACAAAGGAGGCAAACGGUCGCUCCGGGUCAGAGCCGCGGACAUGCCGCUUCUACGCCGAGCUGCAUGCAAUUCUAGGGGGGGCUGCCACCACUACCCCACCUGUGAUCGUGGAUUCUGGGUCGGGGAUAGUCUCAUCAGCGACGCCUGAGGAUUCUGCCGAUGGGGGAGAGGAGGAGGAGGAGGAUGAGGAUGAGCUUGCAGAGAGCACACAGCACUCCGUUCUCCCCAACAGCCAGGAUCUUUUUCUCACCCUGACUGAAGUACCCUCCCAAGCCUCCCAAGCCAGUACCCAAGACUCUGACCCCAUGGAAGGGACCUCAGCAGCUGCAAAUUCCUCAAGCCUCCCUCCUCCAUCCCGAAGGUUAUCACAGAUAAGGCGUCGUAAGAAGAGAACGCGAGACGAGAUGUUUUCUGAAAUUAUGGAAUCCAGCCGCAGUGACAGAGCUCAUCUGAAUGAGUGGAAGGAAACAGUUUCAAAGUAUAGGAAAGAAGCCAGUGAACGUGAGGACAGGAGGGACCAACGUGAGGACAGGAGAGACGCUCGAGAUGAGAGGUGGCGGCAGGAAGACCAGAGGAAGCAGGAUGCAACGCUGGGGCUGUUGCGUGAGCAAACAGACAUGCUCCGGCGUCUGGUGGAGCUUCAGGAACGGCUGCUGGAAAACAGACUGCCGCUUCAGCCCCUGUUCCACCCUCCCCCCUCCCCAUGUUCCGUAUCCUCCUCACCCAGACGUGUAAGAACGCGGGGGGGGAGGCUCCGUACACCUUCCCAUUCCACCCCAGUAGACAGCCCAAGCAAAAGGCUGUCAUUUUUUUAACCUUUUCUUUGUGGCUUUUUCCUUCCCAGCAAUCCUCCUCCCAAAUACCACCUGGGUUCCCUCCCUCUUUUUCUAAUCUAU